AUAAAUAUAGUCGUCCGUUUACAUAUGUUUAGUAUAGUAGUUUGGAUUAUCUCCUAGAACCUGACACGUGCACCUGGGUUUGCUGGACGGCUGCCGCCGGAACACGUACGCGGGCCGCAGUCAAACCUCUCUAGUAGUAGACUAGUAGCUAGCCGUAAGAACAAGUUGGUACGGGAGUGGCUGCUUGAAUUGCCACCGGCCGUUUCACUGCACCCACGCCACGCAUGCAAUUAUGUUUGCACAAACUCUCCUCCCCUUCCACUGCAGCCGGCCUCCCCACUGCUGCUAUUAUAUAACAUCCCUUGCACAGUUGCACGGCUGCACCCUGCCCAAGCCAUUCCGUCCAUAGCUUGGCGAGCUUGACCGAACCCGCACACUUCACUGCAUGCUGCUGCUACCGGCCUCCUGCAGCUAGCACACACACUACUAGCGUCUUCGUCUGUUCGUCGAUCAGUCGUCACUCGACAGUUUGGAGUACGUGUAGUCCUAGAUGGCACGUACGUGUUGACACGUACAACCCGGAGCAGCCGCGGCCGGCAGCUGAUGGAGCCGCCGCGGAUGUCCUUCUCCAGCGACUUCGCGCUGGAGCCGCCGCCGCCGAGGCCGCCGGGGCGCGCGGACGCGGACUUCGAGUUCUCGCCGGCGGGCAGCCGGCCCAUGAUGGACGCGGACCAGCUCUUCUCCAAGGGCCGCAUCCUGCCGCUGCGGGAGGCGGAGGCGGUGGCGGUGGCGGCGCGGCCCCCGACGACGACGACGACCCUGCGCGCCGAGCUGCGCGCGCGGCCGGACGCCGCCGACCGCGGCGGCCGUCGCGCGCCGCCGCGGUGGAAGGAGCUGCUGGGGCUGAGGAGGGCGCACCGGAAGGGCGACGCCGCCGGGGCGGGCGCUGACGCUCACGUGGAUCUUGGAGAGCAUGGAGAUCAGGCAGAGGCAGGAGAGUGAAGCCACAGAUGAGAUGAGAUGACCGACCGUCACUUGCAUUUGGGCGAAAACUGCAUGCAGCAUGACAAAGUAAUAUAAUUAUUGGGGCAAAAUUUGAGUUCUACUACCAUGGAUCUUCGUCUAACUUCUGAUAUCUUCGUCUAAGACCAUCAUUUUACGUUCACCGAUUGGUGUUCCUUUUUUGGAUAUUGCGAUUGUUUUCAGGGUUUGUGCGUCGUCCUAUUUUCCCCUCAUUUGAUUUUUGGAGGGUCAACUGAUCGUGUCGUCAUUUUCUCGCCAGGUGUAGUUGGUAGGAUUAUUAUUAAUUAGUAGUUUCGUUUGUGCUCCUCUCUCUCAACCUGUACAAAUGCGAUGCAUGUACUACCCUUUUGGAUCCAGUGAGGAAAAUUGAUGGGAAAUAGGUUACCCGCUAUA